UAGGUGGAUAGUGUGUGUUUUUACUUUAUUUCUACUUCAUUUUCUCUCACUCUGAGUACAGCUGCAGAUCUGAAAUGUGUUAGUCUAUGUUAAAUUGGCUGAAGUGUUUGCAUUUUAUCUUAGGCUACUUCUGCUGGACUCUAAACUUCCCUAAUGUCAAAAUACAUUUUUUUUUAAAAAGUCAAACUUGACUCAUUGCUUAGUUGAGUUUAUAAUGAUCUCUCAGCAUUGAAAGCUUUCAGGGUGGAUUAGCUUGGCUUCAAGACUGCACUUCAGUUUCACAACAUUUCAAGAAUUUAACUUGAGCAUAUAGAUUCUGUUUCUUCAGCUGUGACCUCACUGUCUCUUGAGUGUGUCCCCAUCAAAGCAGGUCCCGACAGGGAAGCCCAGCCUCGCACUCUGAUGGUAGAAAGCAGGGGAAGAGUUUGUCUCAAUUUUGACAACUCGAAAUUGCCCCCAACUUGAAAUUGAAACAGCAAUUGUUUAGAAGCAGUGGCUUUUCUUUAAACUGGCCUCCUCCCGUGGCUCACUGUGCAGGGAACUUAGACUUUGUUCUGGAGCUCAGUCCCUCUUGUGUGCUCUGUGGUGCCACUUUAAGGCUCUCAGGAGGGUGAACAAGAGCCACCGUAACAGGCAUGCCCUUUGGUGGACCCUUACAUUUUCUUGACUUUGAAUUUGGAGCCACAAAGGGGAGCACUGUUCUUGUAGCUACUGGAAACAUGUACUGGAGAGGAUGCCAACGUUGUUGUCUUUUUCUUCUUUGUAAGUGGGCACAUCAGGACCUUCCCUAGUCAUAGAGACAUCUGCUCAUCUGCACAGUGUGCACAGGGAACAGGCUGCUGUUUGUUUGCUGGGAGGUGAAAGGACCAGGAGAACAGGUGUUCCCUGUGCAGGGUGCUCUGACCGUGUUCUGUAGGCACACCACCUUCCCCUCUGAGGUGGGACUGAGCACGCUGCUGAAGGCUUCGUCCUCCGGUGCCUGUGUCUCCAGGUUGCUGGGGUUUUCCUGUCUGUGUGGCGUCUGUCUACAGCUUCCUGGGCUGGUGGCCCUUGGCAGCUGCUCACAGGCAGCAGGGCCACCAGGGAGGGGUGAGGCUGUGUGUGGCGGUGGGGUGACCAGCUGCAUGCAGACUUGGGGACUCUCCCUGUUGGUCUCUGUGGGGAGCUGGGUCCUGUGCGGGCCCCUCUGUCCCUGGUAAGGCCAGUGCCCCUCCCUGCAUCACCGCCCGCUGGGCCUGCUGCAGACCUGCAUCCCCCGGUUCCCCUCCUGGGAGGAAACCCCACCUUGAGUUGGGGGCGGGGCCCUGGCCUGGCUGGCUGGAGUUGGGGAGGGGUGUUUAGUUGCUGCAGCCAGUGGCCGGCGGUCAGCAGCCAGGUGGGUCCAGGUGGUCCCUCGGGCGUCCCCAGUGCUGGCUGAAGGUCCGCUUCCCAGCGGCUUUCUAGCUUCCGAGGCGUCGCAGGGCCUCCUCCCCGCUGUUUGGAGCAGGGGUGGGGAAGACCUCCGUGUUGGUUCUCACGUGAGCGUUCACCUGCGCCUGUCAGCCAGACCCCUGCUUUCGUUCCAUUUUCCAGGAGAGGACUCCAGUGGCAGUUUUAAAGCGGGAGGGCCUUUGUCAGGUAGGAAGACCAGGAACAUUUGCACGCGUGGAGCCGGCAGGUGAGUGUGGCCUUGGCCGAGUGGUUUUGCGCGUAGUCACUUGUGACAAUUUCUCUUCAGCAAAAACCAGACAUGAAGCUCUGAGGAGCCCUUGGGAAUGGAUCACUGAUUUUUAAAACAAACGCGGCCUGGCGGGUUGGCUCAAACCUUGCAACGGCCUGGGCCUCCUGAAGCCCGAUGUUGCAGAACCCCAGGGCCUGCUGGUGUGGACAGAGAACACAGGCCCUGGACCAUGGUCACCCUCAUCACUGAGAAGCUGCAGAACCAAAGCCUGGACGACCUCACCCACAAGAGCUACGAUGCUGGCCCGUGUUCUGCCGAGAACGUGAGCUCAACUGGCUGCUUGUUCCCUUUUGAGACCAACAAAGACAAGCACCCCUGGAAGGUCGUCAGCCGAGGACCGCCCGUCGGAAGCCAGGCGGCCGCGGGCCCCACCGUCCCCUUCUCGCCCAGCAGCCUGGGCGCCGUGAGCGCCCGGGACCUCAGGGAGCCUGGGGGGCCGCCCUCGGCACCGCCCACCAAGCGACACUGUCGGUCCCUGUCGGAGCCGGAUGAGCUGGCGCGCUGCCGUUCCCCGUGGCGCCCGGGCGGCUCCAGGGUCUGGACUCCGGUCUCCAAGAGGCGGUGCCACAGCGGCGGGAGCGCCACGCUGCAGGGCAGCCCGAGCGCCGGCCCAUCCCGGAGCGCCUGGUCGCCGGGCCACGCCCUGCCUGCGGCCGGCCCCACCUCGCCCCCCGCACCCCGGCCGGCCUCGGCCAGCAGCGGCUUCUUGGAUUUGGGCGACGGCAGCUUAGGCCCGGCCUGGCGACCCGCGGGCCCUUGGGCGCUGCCCGCGCGACGCCGCCUGUCCCUAUCGCAGGAGCACCUGGUGGCGGCGGGCGCGGCCCCGCCCUCGGCCGGCAGCUCGCCCACGUCCACGCCCCAGCUGGGCCGCAGGCGGGGCCUGCUCCGGUGCCGCUCGCAGCCGUGCGUGCGCGCGGGCGGGAAGAGCCGGCUGAAGCGCAGGCGCGAGGAGGACCGCUGGCCGCGCCCGUCCCUGGACUUCCUGAAAAUGACCCGGACUUUAAAAAAUUCAAAAAGCCUUUGCUCCCUUGAUUACGAAGACGAGGACGAGGAUGACGCCCGAGUGAAGACGGCCGUGUCCUCCCCACGUGACCCCCACGGCCUGCAGCCCCGGCCCGCCGGCCUUAGCCCGAGGGCCUCACCGGAGUGGGUGGCCGCCGAGGGUGAGGGCUGGAGUGGUGGGGACCCUAGUGACUGGGACAGUGCUGGGGAGGAGGGUGCCUUCCCUCUGGACCGCAGCCGUGAGCUGGACCUGGAGCAGAUCGAGAAUAACUGAGCGUCGGGCAGGGGGAGUGGUGUGGGGGCUGGCGCUCCGUUUCUUCCCCAUGAACGUGCUUUUCGGACACGAGGUGUCACUUUGAUGCAGUCUCUCCUAAAGAAGUAUUUUGCAUUUUUAUGGCUUUUACAGUUCUGAGAAAGCGUCUCUAUUUUGACAAGAAUUUUCGAAAGGGCAUUCUGUUAACUGGAGUCUGCGUGCAGACCCCAGCCUGGGGUUGUGUUCCUUUUGUAAACUGCCUGCUGUGAAGUGCCUGUGUGUGGUGUAGCCGUGGGAAACCUGUCCCCCGCGUGCUGAACCCCUGGCCUACACUGCCCGCUCCUCCUGCUGUAAGGAGCAGGGCUGCGGCGCGGGCUGCCGGCCGGGGUCAGUGCUCUCUGUGCUGAGGACUUGGGACAGGCCUUGAGGGUGGUGGCCCUGGCCACCCCACUCUGUCACUUCAAUAAAAGGCAUUUGCUUUGCA